GGAAAGCCUAGACUCUACCGGCGCGGUUAUUUGCUGCAGGUUCACGCUAUCAUUAAAUUAGGACAUGGACUGCAGUUGUAUGGCCAACUUGAGAGGUUGGAGCUAUUAAAGGGGAUCUAAAUGAGAUAAAGGCGCGUGGUUUGCGGGCGUUUCUGUUUGUCGCCACACGGACGGAUCGGUUGUGCCACAAUAUCAGCGGAGGACGAGGCCACGGGCGCACUGCUCAGCAAUACCACGAAAUGGUCACGUCUAUUCUGGGAUUUCUUAUUCUGCCAGUAUGUCUGUGUGGAUAUGUUCGAGGCAUGCAGACGCAGACGCAGUGCGAGCCCUCGCAGUUCCAGUGUGGGAACGGCCGCUGCAUCCCCUCCGUGUGGAAAUGUGAUGGAGACGAGGACUGCACCGAUGGCAGCGACGAGAACACCUGUGUGAGGAAAACAUGUGAGCAGGUGGACUUUGUCUGUCGGAAUGGCCAGUGCAUCCCCAAGCGAUGGCACUGUGAUGGCGAACCUGACUGUGAAGAUGGCACCGACGAGAGCAUUGAAGUGUGCCACACCCGGACGUGUCGUGUAAAUGAGUUCAGCUGUGGGGCCGGCUCGACGCAGUGCAUCCCCGUCUCCUGGAAGUGUGAUGGAGAGAAGGACUGCGACAACGGAGAGGAUGAGCUGCUCUGUGGUAACAUUACCUGUGCUCCUCUGGAGUUCACCUGUGCCAGUGGCCGCUGCAUCUCGGCCAACUUCGUGUGCAACGGCGAGGACGAUUGCGGGGACGGCAGCGACGAGCAGGACUGCCCACCGUCCUCGUGUGGCCCCACCGAGUUCCAGUGCGGCAACGCCACCUGUAUCCCGGGCAACUGGGUCUGUGACGACGACGUGGACUGCCAGGACCAGUCAGACGAGUCGCCUCAGCGCUGCGGACGGCCCACACCGCCCGCCAAGUGCUCGUCCAGCGAGGUCCAGUGCAGCUCGGGCGAGUGCAUCCACAGGAAAUGGCGCUGCGAUGGCGACCCGGACUGCAAGGACGGCAGUGACGAGAAGAACUGCCCUGUCCGCACCUGCAGGCCCGACCAAUUCAAGUGUGAGGACGGCAUCUGUAUCCACGGCAGCAGACAGUGCAACGGCAUCCGCGACUGCACUGAUGGCUCUGAUGAAGUAAACUGUAAAAACCUGACCCAGUGCCACGGCCCAGACAAGUUCAAGUGUCGGAGUGGAGAGUGCAUCGAGAUGAGUAAAGUGUGCAACAAGGCGCGAGACUGUCCCGACUGGAGCGACGAACCCAUCAAGGAGUGCAAUCUCAACGAAUGUCUGCUCAACAAUGGCGGCUGUUCCCAUAUCUGCCGGGACAUGGUGAUUGGUUAUGAGUGUGACUGCACUCCAGGCCUUCAGCUCAUUGAUCGCAAGACCUGUGGAGAUAUCAAUGAAUGUCAGAACCCAGGGAUCUGCAGCCAGAUCUGCAUUAACCUGAAAGGAGGGUACAAGUGCGAGUGCCACAGUGGCUACCAGAUGGACCCCACCACAGGAGUCUGCAAGGCUGUCGGUAAGGAGCCCUGCUUGAUCUUCACCAAUCGGAGGGACAUCCGUAAGCUGGGCCUGGAGAGGCGGGAGUACACUCAGAUCGUAGAGCAGCUGAGGAAUACUGUGGCCUUAGACGCUGAUUUCACCCAACAGAGGAUCUUCUGGGCAGACCUUGGGCAGAAAGCCAUCUUCAGCACACGACUAGAUAAGCGAGAGGAGAUCUCGAGCCACAUCAAGGUCAUUGAGGAUGUUCAGAUGCCUGUUGGAGUUGCUGUGGACUGGAUUUAUAAGAACAUCUACUGGUCUGACCUGGGCAGCAAGAGCAUUGCAGUGGCAAACUUCAAUGGCACCAAAAAGAGAGUCCUGCUUGACAGUGGCCUGAAGGAGCCAGCCUCCAUUGCUGUUGAUCCCCUCUCGGGGUUUCUGUACUGGUCAGACUGGGGAGAGCCAGCGACAAUUGAGAAGUCUGGCAUGAAUGGAGUUGACCGGCAGGUCCUAGUCGAGACGGACAUUCAGUGGCCCAAUGGGAUCACUCUGGAUCUGAUCAAGAGCCGCCUCUACUGGGUGGAUUCCAAGCUGCACAUGCUGUGCAGCGUUGACUUCAAUGGAGACAACCGCCAGAAAGUACUUCAGUCCUCUAACUACCUGGCUCACCCAUUUGCCCUCACAGUCUUUGAGGAUCGUGUGUUCUGGACAGAUGGGGAGAAUGAGGCUAUUUAUGGUGCAAACAAGUUCACGGGAGCUGAUGUCACAGUUUUGGCCAGUAAUUUAAAUGAACCUCAGGACAUUAUAGUUUAUCAUGAGCUUAUUCAACUCUCAGGAACGAACUGGUGCAAUGAGAAGCAAGAGAACGGCGGCUGCUCUUACAUGUGCCUGCCAGCUCCGCAGAUCAACAAGCACUCCCCAAAAUACACGUGCGCCUGCCCCGAUGGCUGGAAGCUUGGGGCCGACGGCCGGACGUGUAAGCCAGUCAAUGUCCCAACUGCCCAAAAGGAUGCUGGGAAGGUACAGUCAUCCUCGGCUCCCCCUCAAGAACGGCUCUUGCAUUCUCCAAAGAAACAGAAUGGCAGUUGUAAAUAUGGUGAAUGUGGUGGUAAUGAUUUGUUUUCCACAAUGCAAGAAGGGAAUGUAAGUGCAUCAAUGCACGAGGUCAGCUCUUCAGCUAAGGGAUCCGCAGCUGCCUGGGCCAUUUUGCCCGUGUUGCUUCUUGCCAUGGCUGUUGCUGGUGGUUAUCUUAUGUGGAGAAAUUGGCAGACGAAAAAUAAGAAAAGCAUGAACUUUGACAAUCCAGUUUACCUGAAGACCACAGAGGAGGACCUUAACAUCGACAUCAGCAGACACGCAGCUUCCGUCGGACACACGUACCCAGCAAUAUCAGUGGUGAGCACAGACGAUGACCUCUCCUAACCCUCCACCCUUAGCCAGUGUCCCCUCCUGUUUACCAGUGACUGCUGCUCAAGCAGAGCUACAACCAGAUGCCUUCUGGAGAGUUGUAUUUUUCUUUUCUUCGGGUGGAGAAGAGAUGGAGGAACAUUUUUGAGAAUAUAAGUUGAAUUGCUCCCCACCCUCAAAGUGUUGGAUCACACACGAGCUAUUGGAUUUACCAACAUCAACUGUAACUUCUGCCCGCUUCCAAUCGCCCACAUCACUUCCUGUCUAAGGUCCUGUCAUCUCAAGACACCUGGCUGAGGACCCCGCAUUCGUCUCUGCGCUAAUUUGCGCAUGUGAAUAUUGAUUGAGAGAGGAAAUUCAUAUUUUAGAUGCUCAUGUCCAUAAGAUGUGUUUUCUCCUUCUUUUCAUAUGAACUUUACCUCCUAGCGUGUUCUUAUAAAGCUUUUUAUGUGUUUCUGUGAUGAAGGCAAAAAGGAGCUUUAUAAGGUGAGUGCUGUCACUCCAUUUGUAAAACAGUGUACAUAAAUGUCCCUCAGUGGAGACCACAAGCAGGACUCUGAAGCACUUUGAUCAAAUAUUCCUCUGUAAAUAAGAUUGUAUACAUUUCACUGAAUCAAUUUUGCUAUGGUGGGGUUAACUACCAGGGGUAAGGAAACAACGUAUUUAAAGAAGUAAAAAAAGGAAUUUGUUAAAAUAUUUUGUAUGUUUGUGUGCUGUACCUGUGACCUUUUCUAGCAUUGUACAGGGAAACAUGCUCUGUACUGUGACGGGGAUCAUAUUUGCAAAUAGAGGAAAUAAAACCAGACAAAAGCUCA